UUCUCAAGCUCCCACAAUGCCAAGCGCUAACUGCGCCAUUUUCGAUGCUGCUGAACGCAUUUUGGAGCUGACGAUUUUGCAGUUGAAAAUCCAGCAUCAUCUGCACCUGCGAGUAUCUAAAACUCAAGCAUCAUCAUGUCGGAGAGUGGGCCGUAUUUAGGAAGUAAAAUCAGUCUCAUAUCGCAAGCUAAAAUUCGAUAUGAGGGCUGUUUGUAUAGCAUCAGUCCAGAGGAAUCCACAAUAACCUUAUCGAAUGUGAGAUCUUUUGGCACAGAGAAUCGAGAAACAACUCGGCAUGUUCCCCCUGGCAAUGAAGUGUACAGCCUCAUCAUAUUCAAGGCGGGGGAUAUCAAAGACCUCCACGUCUGUGGACUACCAAAAGAAGCUGCUGAAUCGGCUGGCAGCAACAUUGCCCAGGAUCCUGCUGUUCUACAGGUACAUUCGGGCGCCGUCCGUAGCACUACCUCAGGGUUCCAACAAGGCCCUCCAUUCGGCAACACCCAGGGACAGUUUGGCUCCUAUGGUGCCAUGCCCUACAAUCAGUUUGGCCACGUGGGAGGUGGAAUCAUGACAGGACAGUUUGGGGGGCAGACAAGUCACCCCCCGCCAGGAUUAGGUCGUGUAACACCACCAGCCAUGACACGCCGCUCCCCAACAAUGGAGCAAGGUGUGCAGGCCUCUGGGCCCAUCAGCCCCCAGAAAGGGACCCAAUCCUCAGCCAAGAUUGCCACCGACAAGCCCCAGCCCCAGAAGUCUGGCAAAGAGGAGCAGGGUCUCCCCCAGCGGACACCCCAGCAGCAGCAAGCCCGCCGCCGAGGCUCCCGGGAGGAGAAGACAGCCCAGCGCAAAGACAUUCAGAGACAGGAGAGCCGGGACAAGAAGGCGGAGGCCAGCAAGGCCGAAAAGGACAGCAGAGAGAGAGGGGAGCGGCAGGAGAGAGGGGACAGAGGUGACCGGGACAAGGGUGGCCGUGGCUCACAGCAGGGUUCCAGACAAAACUGGCAGGGAUAUCAGGGCAGACGAGGUCGAGGUCGUGGCCCCCGCUCGCCCGUUACCAAGGAGAAAGUUGGCAGUGACUUUGACUUCACGGCUGCUCAGUUUGACAAGAAGUCGAUGGAGGAAGAGUUCAAAGAGAAACUAAAGCUAGAUGGAACAACAGUCAACGGAGAUGCCAUAAAGGGGACUGAAGACUCUGGAAACGAAACGCAGCCAAGCGAUGCCCCGGAAGAAGAGGAAACAGCCUACUAUGAUUCGACCAAGUCCUUCUUUGACAACAUUUCAUGCGACUCGCUCAACAAGGGGCAACGCCCCAGCUGGAAGGAAGAACGCAAGAUGAACUGCGAGACAUUUGGCAUUGCCUACACCCGCAGCCGUGGCCGUGGAGGCUAUCGCGGCGGUUACUACCGUGGGGGUUACCGAGGUGGACGGGGCCAGGGGCGUGGCGGUGGGCGUUCCUAUCGGAGCAACCGAGGCCGGGGUGGAUGGAAGUCGCAGCAGGGCUGGAACGAUUACUCCAUUGAUGGCCAACCAAAAAACGAGACCUCGACAGGGAAGACAGAAAAACCUUCGGAGGCCACAGCAUAGGGAUCUGAAGCCGAGUAAAUCUUUGCCAGUAAAUACCAAAGGAGGCAUAUCAGCGGCCCAGGAGCACAAGUCUGUAUCAGCAACUUGUUUUUCUCUUGUUCUUGUUUUUCUCGGUUAUUGUUUAUAGUGUGUAUUUAUGAAGCCAGACCUCCAGUGGAGGGCGGCAUAUGUUGUGUACAAUUUGCCUGGGUGCUGUAGAUUUGAUACUGGAUGAGGCCUUGCAUAUGUGCCACCUCAUGCUGUGUUAGACUUGAGUGAAAACUUCGUGUUACGACUCUAAUUUUUGGAUGCCUUAUGAGGGAUGUUCUUUUCUACGUAGAAGUAUAAAUUAAUUGAUUUGGAUGUAAAAAAAAAAAAGAAGAAAGUUAAGAAAGUAAACAAAGAAGAGAAUUAGAUACUUAAUAAAAACACCUGCACAGGUCACUAAUUGAAUGGCACAGCUUGAAAAUAAAGCGUAUCACCAUAUACAUAAACAUUCCUCCGCAGAAAACUUCGGACAAAGGUAAAUAAGACCGGUGUUGAAAGAGAUUAGCGUAUUUCAUGAAAAAAGAAGAGUGGAGUAAAUAAUUGUCAGUGCCAUUUGGUAGUUGAUCAGUUGGUUUCCAGUUCACUGAGAUCUGAUCGGCCACUGUGUUUGUUACAUUGUCUGGGUAGAGUCAGUCAAGCCAGACAUGGACAGUGGCUACUUCGCUAACGUCAGGUCAGCCAGUCAGACUUUUUAGAACACUUUGGCUGACCCAACCACACCAGCUUUGCCUAAUCAGUUGAUCACCGCCUGUUCGCGAUCAGCCUGUAUCGACGGAAACGAGCAUCUGGCUCACCGUCAUGCUAGACUUGUAAGAUGUACAUGUACAGUGCAAACCGUGGAGUAACAUUCAUCCUCAGCCACUGAUGCAUUUGCUUGGUAAUAGCAUAAGUCUGUAGCGUGUCACAGGCAAGUUUACUCAUGAUCUGGGAUCAGCAUAUACUAAAAAAGUGUCAAGGAUGCAUAGACAAUGUCACAAGCCCCCAUGCAUUUGCGCUACUUUUCGGAACACACAACAACAGCAAAAGGUAUGCACAAUAUUGAACUAGGAUUCCAUGCAUCACUUGUGCUUACAGGACAAAGCAGGCACAAUUCUCCCCCGCAAAACUAUGGAUAGUCACGUGACUGCUCCUCUUGUGUAGUAGGUUUUGUAUUUCAAUUGCACGGAGCAGGAAUGCUGACAUACCCGGCUCAGUGUACUCCACUAAUUUUAGCCCAUUUUCUGCUGGAAAAGUGGCAGGUUUCAAUGGAGAGUAUUCUUGCUGAGCUGUGCAGAUAAGUUUGACCUAAUUAACCACAUGUUGAUAUUGUUCAGGCUUCUUCGCAUUAACCGGAUGGUUUUCUUAGUGUUCCCAGAUCUGACCUUUAGCAUUGAAGCUACGAGAUUAAGGUUAAUUCAAAUUCAGACAGUCAUCAAUAAAAAGAAGCCCCUUGAGAAAUGCCUUCCGUGUAAUAAAGCAGAAUGAAUAGUUUACUCCAUUUUGUAGAGGUUUUAUUCAAGGAAAAAUGGCGUAAACAUUAAACUUGCUUUGCCACUAUACAAUGAUGUAUCCAUCUUUUAUUUUCAUGCAUAUCAUAUUCCUGGAUAUUAUUUAGCUACACCAAACAUGUUACAGGCUUUAUAUUAAUGUGAAGGAAGAUUCCAACACAAUUAUAUUGAAAGGAAAGGUACUAUAUCUUCAAUGGCGGGAGAGUAUUUGACAGUCCUUUGAACAGUGUUAGUCCUUUUUAAACAAAAACUAUUAUCUUUUGGAGGCAAGGGAUCUUACCAACCUGUGUGACAAAGAUGUGUUCUUAAGAUGAGAAAAAAAGUCAGAGAAAAAACAGUUUUCGCAAUUUAUGUUAACCACAAAGAAGAACAAACACUUGAAGAAAUUCUGACAGUGAAAGUAAAAAGUCAAAAUAUACUUGUGUGUGCACCUUUAUAAUAUCGACUUGAUGGCAGUCACUGCAUUUUUCAGGUCUUGAUUUCUGUAAAUUUAAAUAUUGAGUCAGUGAAAGGUGUUUUUUUUUGUGUGUAAUUUAGUUAUUUGAAAAACUUUGGUGCAAAUAGAAAAAAAGAACUCAACGUUUUGUUUUGUUUUCUCUGAUAGAGAACUAUGAACUUUGCUUGGGAGUAAGCAUCUUUGGGCCAAUUUUUAAAGAAAAUUUUGUUCACUGUCGGUAAAACAUUCUGGGCUUUAAAGUUCAAACUGUUGGGACAGACAUUGGGAAAUUUUUCACAAAGUAUUCAUGAAUUAUGCCGCAAGGUGUGAUGGGUGUGAAAGUGGAAAUUACACCACAAGCAAUGUCCUGCUUUCGUGUGAAAUGGAAUGUCAUAAAUUUAACUGAGAGCCAACAAAAAAUGCAGCAAGUAUAAAGUACUGAGAUGGCAUGCCCUCUUUAUCUCCAUUCAGCUGUGAUUCAAUUUUCUUUUUCCAUUGGCCUACGUAAGCAAAAUGAAAAAUUGAUGAAAUGUAAAUUAUUUGUUCUUUGUUUAAACAAAAGAUAAAGUUUUGAAAACAAUUUAAUUAGCGAGUAACAGUGAAAGGUGUUGACAAGUCAGUGUCUGAUCUCAAUUUCAUCAAUUCUUCCAAAAAUUGUUUGUAGGAAGCGCUCAGUUUUUGCCCUUCUAACUUGUAAAACCUGCAUUUUCAUACAUAGAGCAGAUGGUUCAAAGUUGUGAUUGGCAAGUGAGUCGUACUGUGUAUAUUGCUUUCAGCAUCCAUGGAAACUCUACAUUCACACAGUAAUUUCAUGGAUGUGAAACAGUGUCGCGUUAAUCUAUCAUACAUACGAAAAGGGCAUGCCCACAAGGUGCAGUACGUUUUUUCUCGGAUCAUAUAAAAACACUAUGUCGUCUUUCAUUCAAUAUUCUGACUAGGACCUCUGACCCUAACCUCUAUGCAUUACCUAACCUGGUUUGAAUAUUCAAGCGUAUCCCAGACAGUUUGUGACCUGUUCUCACAGAGUGAAUGAAGUCACUGAAAAUUUAGAUGUGAAGAUGAUUGGAUGGAUGAGAAAGGAAGCUUUUUCUCAUGGUACACAUACAUGCAUGUACAGUACUGUUGGUCUCAAGUAAUAUGUAUUUAUUUGGGGCCUUUAGGGGUUUUGUUGGUUGUUGAAUUACUAGAGAAAUGUGAACCGAGUCAUACACAAUGUCAGAGGGAUUGUACAGGUGUGUCGUACAGGCUCCAUGGUGUCCUACAUUUUUCAGAUGAAGUUCCAGUUUCAUACAGGAGUCCGAGUUCUGUUCUGAAAUGUCUCCCGAUUUUCAGGGCUGAAAAGCAUUCAGAAAAGUCUCUGUAACAUCUCUACAAUAGUCUGAGUGAGUUGCUUAUGCAAGUUACAUGUAACUGCAUGGAAAGAGCCUUCGGAGUGGUCAUUUAAAGUCAGAACAUUUUUAAAGGUCUGGAAUCUUCACUCAAGAAUCCUACAUGUACCAAGGUAAAUAUGCAGAAUACGAUAUGCCGUUGGUGCAAAUCAUCCUUCAAUUCAUAGCAUGGGACACAGCCCUGUGUAGGACUGAAGUUUGACUCUGGUGUUGAAGAGGGGAUUGUUUAUACCUCCACUGAGUCAAGUGGCUCCUUUUUUCGCCCAGUAAAACCUUUAUUUUAAUGUGUAUGUUCCUUGCAGAAAGGCUUAAUUGGAAGAUACAGUUAAAGAAGUCUUUUAGACAUCCUAAAGGAAAGCAGGGUGUUAGGUAGAGUAGCAUACCUGUAUGAUUGGCCAUCUUCCAAGAGGUCCCAGCAAGACACAAGGUCUGUUUUAGCCCGACUGGUUCAAGUGUACUGAAAAUGCGAGUGGUUUUAAAUGAUCGACUUAGAGUUUCAUGCAGGUUAAUACUGUUUGUAAUUCAAGUGUUACGGGUGUACACGGAGGAAUAGAUGAGUUCCCUAUACAUGUUCCCAAAACCUUAGUACGUGAAUUUGCACUGAAACACCCAUUACUGGAUUGCGUCCUAAUUAGAUGUGGCGCUGAAUUUUUGUGAAGUUGUUCAGGAACAGAUCAGUAUGUGGUGAAAACAGUUGUUUGGCAAUAUACCAACUCACUGGCACAGCUAAGGUUUUGUGGAAAGUCCUAGUUGUGAAAUAACAUGAGCACAGCGACCAUGUUCCCGUUUUGCAAUAAAAGCCCAAACCGUCUCGCUGAGAAGUUAUUGCAUAAAAUAAUUCACUGAUUUUUGUCUUCAAAGAAAUUUAUUGGAACUCUUGAAUAAAAGUUAAUUUAGAAAAAAAUAAACGAGCAUGUUAAAGAAA